CUGCAUGAGAAAAUAUAAAUGGGAUUCGGCCUCGUAUGCCAAGUAGAUAGACCAAUUAACUACCUAGUUUUCCAACAUGAAUCUUAAGCUCUCCGAUCGUUUAUUUCAUUUGUUUCUUCUCAUCUUAGGUAUAUCAAUUGGUGUCGUAUCCACCCUAUGUCUCAAUACCUUUCCUUUCACCUUCCCAUCCCUCCCGUUUUUCGUUCCCCCUUCCACAUCAAAACCUUCACUCCCACUUAACCAAACUUCGCAAUCACCUCCGGUGCCGCCACCUCCACCACCACCACAAGCACCCCCUCCGCCUCCACCUCAGACAGCAUUAGCAAAUGGAACAUCGAAUUACAUGAUCAUUGACGUUUCUAUGGGGAAUAAUCAGACAUUGGGCCUCAUGCACAACAUGAGUGACGAUGAGUUGCUAAUGAGAGCAUCAAAGGUUCCAGGGAUUGAUCAAGACGUCCCUGGAAAGCAGCAGAAGGUGGCGUUCAUGUUCUUGACGCCCGGGCCAUUGCCGCUUUCUCCAUUUUGGGACAGGUUUUUCAAGGGGCAUGAAGGGAUGUACUCCGUUUAUGUCCAUCCUCAUCCUUCCUACAAUGAUUCAGUGCCUCCGGAUUCUGCGUUUUACGGCAGAAGAAUUCCUAGUCAGCCGGUGUAUUGGGGCACAAUGUCAAUGAUCGACGCAGAAAGAAGACUUCUCGGCAAUGCACUGCUUGAUCCAUCCAACCAGCGCUUCGUCCUCCUUUCAGAUUCAUGCAUCCCACUCUUCAACUUCACCACAGUCUACGACUACCUCAUGCGAACAAACCACAGCUUCCUCGGCUCAUUCGACGACCCCCGUAAACCCGGCCGCGGCCGGUACAACCGCCAAAUGUGGCCCACCAUCACCAUCGAGCAGUGGCGGAAAGGCUCCCAGUGGUUCGAGCUCCACCGCGAUCUGGCCCUGAAAGUCGUCUCCGACCAGAAAUAUUACCCGGUCUUUCGUGAAUUCUGCCACCCGCCUUGCUACAACGACGAGCACUACUUGCCGACGUUGGCGAACAUUCUUUACCCGGAGAUGAACUCGAACCGGACUGUUACCUGGGUUGACUGGUCACGGGGCGGACCGCACCCUAGGAAAUUCGGGUGGAUCGACGUGAGAGUGGAGUUGUUGAAUCAAAUUCGGUUCGGGUCGGAGUGCAUGUAUAAUGGAAACAAGACUAAUAUGUGUAACCUUUUUGCUAGGAAAUUUCUGCCCAAUACGAUUGGACCAUUGUUGAGGGUGGGUCCGCAGCUUCUAGGUUUUGAUCCUUAAUUAGGAAAAUUUUAGAUUUCAUCCAAUUUAAAUUAAUUGUAUCAUAAAUAUAAUACAUUUAUUGUGUGAUUAAUAUUAAUUCUUUGUUACGGAGGAAGUCGAAAAUAUUUUCCUCCUUUUGUAAUUUAAAUUU